AUGGCCCGGGCCGUCUGGGGCUACGACAGCGACAACGGACCCGAGCACUGGCAUGAAAACUACCCCCUGGCCAAGGGAGACAAUCAGUCGCCUAUUGAGAUCAACAGCAAAGAGGUGCAGCACGACUCUUCCCUCAGCUCUUGGCACGCCAGUUAUGAUCCCGAUGCUGCAAAAACCAUCCUGAACAACGGGCGCACCUGCCGGGUGGUCUUCGACGACUCUUUUGAUCGAUCAGUGCUGAGAGGAGGGCCACUUCUAGAUGUCUACAGGCUGCGUCAGCUUCACUUGCAUUGGGGUUCCUCCGAUGACCAUGGCUCUGAGCAUGUUAUAGAUGGGGUGAAAUAUGCAGCAGAGUUACAUAUGGUGCACUGGAAUCCAAAACAUGGUAAUUUUGCUGGAGCUUUGAGAGAACCUGAUGGCGUGGCUGUUGUGGGCAUUUUUCUGAAAGUUGGAAAAACUCCUAAACCAGAGAUAAAGAGAAUUCUUCAAGCAAUUGAUAACAUUAAGACCAAGGGAAAAGAGGCUCCUUUUCCUCACUUUGAUCCUUCAAUUCUUUUCCCCAAAUCUCGGGACUACUGGACUUACCAUGGUUCAUUCACUACACCCCCCUGUGAGGAGUGCAUCACUUGGAUUCUCCUUAGGGAGCCAAUAGAAGUCAGCCCAGACCAGAUGGCAAAGCUCCGGAGCCUUUCUAAGAACGGCGAGAACGAACCUGAGAGCCCCUUGGUUGAUAACUGGCGCCCACCUCAGCCUGUGAAGGGCAGGAUUGUGAAAGCCUCCUUCAAGUGA